UCGAUUAGAUCCAAGAUGGCGUCAGUUUCCACGAAAGACGAGAGGACAGGCCCACCACAUAAUUCAGUGGAAGAAGUCAUGGCGUCCGCCAGUUCGGGAGGCAGGGUGUCCUGCGGUAGAGAUUUGAAUUGUGUACCGGAGAUAGCUGACACGUUGGCUGCGGUCGCCAAACUAGGGUUUGACUUCCUGUGCAUGCCCCUGUUCCACCCGAGAUUCAAGAGGGAGUUCGAGUUGGAGCCAGCUAAGUCCAGACCCGGAGCCCAGACCCGUUCAGACCUGCUGCUUUGUGGAAGAGACUGGAACACCCUCAUUGUUGGGAAGCUGUCUCCAUGGAUCGAUACAGAUUCAGAAAUGGAAACAGAACGCAGAAACUCAGAGGCUGCUCUUGCACAAGAGCUAAACUUCUCAGCUUACCUGGGUCUUCCCGUCUUCAUGGUCCCUCUGAAGGGGCCUCAUAAUGCCAAUCUAGCCCGAAUGCUGCUCAACCACAUCCACACUGGGCACCACACCUCUAAUUUCUGGAUACGUGUCCCACUGAUGGCGUCUGAAGACGUUAGGGAAGAUCUGAUUGAAAAUGAACCGGCACCUUGCAUUGAUGAAACAAGCGUAGACGAAAAAACUUGGAGUUGGUGGCAUUCUUUCCGAACCCUUUGUGAUUACAACAAGAGGAUCUGUCUCGCUAUUGAAGUUGGAGCAGACAUGCCAUCAGACGCUGUUAUUGAUAAAUGGCUCGGAGAACCGAUCAAAGCAGCAGUACUUCCCACAAGCAUCUUUCUAACGAAUAAGAAAGGCUUCCCUGUCCUGUCAAAAGCCCAUCAGAGGAUCAUCUUCCGUCUCUUCAAGCUGGAAGCCCAGUUUAUCUUCACAGGCACCAGUCGACACACUGACAAGGACUUUAGAUCCUACCUGCAAUACCUGGAAUACCUCAAUCAGAACAGGCCGGCACCCAACGCCUACGAGCUCUUUGCCAAAGGCUAUGAAGAUUACCUGCAGUCACCUCUACAGCCCCUCAUGGACAACCUGGAGUCUCAGACGUAUGAAGUGUUCGAGAAGGAUCCUAUCAAAUACUCUCAGUACCAACAGGCUGUAUUUAAAUGCCUACUGGACCGAGUACCAGAGGAGCAGAAAGAGACMAAUGUUCAGGUGUUGAUGGUGUUGGGGGCAGGUAGGGGUCCGCUCGUCAACGCAUCCCUGCGUGCUGCCAGACAGGCAGACAGGAAGCUGAAAAUCUACGCUGUAGAGAAAAAUCCCAACGCUGUCAUCACAUUGGAGAACUGGCGCUUUGAGGAGUGGGGUGAUCAUGUGACCGUGGUGUCGUGUGACAUGCGGGAGUGGGUCGCUCCUGAGAAAGCCGAUAUCAUUGUCAGCGAGCUGCUCGGCUCAUUCGGAGACAAUGAGCUCUCCCCAGAGUGCUUAGAUGGAGCACAGCACUUCCUCAAAGAGGAUGGAGUCAGUAUCCCUUGUUCCUACACGUCCUACCUGGCUCCCAUUUCCUCUUCCAAGCUUUACAAUGAAGUCCGAGGGUGCCGGGAACGAGACAAGGACCCCGAGUGCCAUUUUGAGACUCCUUAUGUGGUGCGGCUCCAUAACUUCCACCAGCUGGCUGACCCCAAACCUUGCUUCACAUUCACACACCCAACAAAAGACAUAAACAAUAACCGGUAUCAGUGCCUCCGAUUCCCUGUGGGUUGUAACUCAGUGCUCCAUGGCUUUGCUGGUUACUUUGAAACCACACUGUACAAAGAUGUCACACUCAGUAUAAAACCAGACACACAUUCACCUGGAAUGUUCUCCUGGUUCCCCAUCCUCUUCCCCCUCAAACAACCCAUCUCCAUAUCACGGGACGAUGAUGUCACUGUACGGUUCUGGCGCUGCAACAAUGGGAAGAAGGUCUGGUAUGAGUGGGCUGUGACCGAGCCAUCCUGUUCUGCCAUCCACAAUCCUGCGGGCCGUUCCUACACCAUCGGCCUGUGAGGGGAAAAAAAAAGCAAACUCUAACACACCUGACAAGCUUUCUCUUGUAUAUUUUAGUUAGACUCUUAGGUGAUUCAACUGAUAGUGGUCAACGCCUUUUUAUUUUCCCUCGUUUUUAUACACGGUUAAAACUUAAACAUGUAAUGUGAACCCAGUGAGUCUACAGAAGGAAGAAGAAAAACCAAGGGAAGAACCAAUUGGUUUGAUGUUUUUUCAGAAAAAUGGAUUGUAAUUUGUGCACUCAUCUGUCUCCGUGAGGUUACUGUUAAAGCUCRUUCACGUCAGGUUCAAGACCUAACCUAGUUUAACCUGUUCGGUUUUUUCUUUUCUACUGUUUUGAACUGUUAAUGUGGAGUUACACAGCCGAUCCACCCUGACCUUGGCCUUAUCACACAUUCCACGAUCAUAACAUAUCUGCGUUGUGUGAGUACAGCAACGUCAACACAAGACAGUCGACAGAAGGUUACCAUAUUCAAGUCAAAUGUUGGGUGUUUGUGUUCAUGUCUUUUUGUUUUUAAAACGUUUUCAAUAAAAAUACUGUAAUGUACUUGA